AUGGACUACGAGUCCUUUUCUCCGCCGGGAGCAAAGGCGGAGCCCAGGUGGGCCGACGAGGACCCCUUCUACCACGACUUCCGCAGGUCUCCGGACAGGAGGAGGAGACGGUCGAGGAGCCCGGCAGGCAUAGACAGGUACCAGCCAGAGAGAGCAGAGCGUGACAGAGACAGGCGGGAAGACUACUACGCUCGCCGCCGUCACCCCUCGCCCGGCGCAGCAAACAUAGACAGAUACAUCCCCGGACAGCAAGAGGGUUCGUCUUCCUCGGCCUCUUCCAAGCCAGUGCCGCGCUCGAACCCCAUCCCGGCCCCCCUCGCGCUAGACUACCAGGUUGGCUUCAAUUACUUUGCAGAGUGGUGGAGGACAGAGAACGCCAUCAAGGAGGAGAAAGAGAGGGUCAGAAAUGGCCUGCCACCCGCCACACGAAGGGUCAAGGGGGAGAGAGAGGCGCGGGAAGACAGAGAGCGCGAGCGGGGCCAGAUACAGACUGCCUACGACGCAUACAAGGCAGACCUGCAGAUGAAGCUGGCCAGGCAGUUUGUGCAGCUGCAUCGCGGCGAAGAGUGGUUCAGGGAGAGAUACGUCGCGGAUUUCCGUGUCUCGGCGUAUGACCAGUGGUGUACGGACCUUGCCUCGGGUGUCUUUGACGAGUUCACCCUUGAAGGCAUCUAUAAGAGCGAGAGUGAUGGAGCCGGAGGCAUAGUCGAGAAGGAAGAAGGUGAACCCACGGCGUCGCCGGCCCUGCUCAUCAAGACGCUGGCGCCCAACGUCAGUCGCGAGAAGAUAGAAGAAUUCUGCAAGGAGCAUCUCGGCGAAGUCGACGGUGGGUUCAAGUGGCUCAGUCUGAGUGACCCAAAUCCGUCAAAGAAGUACCAUCGCAUAGGCUGGAUCAUGCUGCAUCCUUCCAGCUCAGAGGAUACAUCUACCAUUGAGCGAGGAGACGGCCGAGACGAGGAGGACGAGAUGAUGGACUCUGAAAAGGCAGAGCAGCCUGCCACUGUUUCCCCCGCUGAGCGCGCCUUGGAAGCCGUCAAUGGCAAGACCAUCACCGAUCCCGACAGGGGAGACUUUGUCUGCCACGUCGGUGUCCAUGUUCCACCCGCCAAUCCACGCAAGAAGGCCCUCUGGGACCUCUUCUCGGCUCCAGAGCGUGUUGAGCGAGAUCUCGACCUGGCUCGCAGAGUGGUAGCAAAGUUCGACGCUGCCAUGGAUUCGACGGACGGCAUGGCCAGGAUAGAAGAGCGCGUAGAAGACCUGCGUGGUAAAGGCUGGCUGCAGCCUCCAGUCAGCGGUCCGGUCAAGAUCAGGCACCACCACCACAACAACAACCAUCACCUCGAUACAGAAGCAGACAUGAUCCUCCUCGAUGAUGGAGAAAUGAAGGACGAGACAGAGGAAGGCGAGGAAGCAGACCUAGAUGACUCUGAUGAAAUAGACACAGAAGACCUGCUCGCAAAGAAGAAAACCCUCGAUCUAACAGUCGAGUACCUCCGUCGCGUACACAAUUUCUGUCUCUACUGCGUCUUCGAGUCCGACUCUGUCCACGAACUUGUCCGCAAGUGUCCAGGAGGCCAUCUCCGUCGUCCUCGUUCCGGCCUCUCCACCCACGCCAAAUCAGCCGCCCGUGCAAGCGCGAUAGGCGCCCCUUACCCGUCUAAGAAGGACUCCACCACAGCAGCUACAAACACAGCUGCGAACAACGACGAAGAAGAAGAAGGCGAAGCGCCCGCCUCCCCGGCCGAAGAGAAGAAGCCGCCGCGCUUCGCUUCCAAGAGCGAACAGCAGAUUUACCGCGCCUUCAACUGGGUGCGCACCUUUGAGGAUAAGCUCAUGCAGAUCCUGGAGCCGGAGAAUGUAGAUUUGAAGAAGCUCGGAGGAAAACCGGUCGAGGAAGCGGUCGAAGACGAGCUAGCUCGUUACGUCAAGCAGGAGGAUGAAUCCAAGUUCCGAUGCAAAGUGCCUGAAUGCACGAAGCUCUUCAAGGCGCAUAACUUCUGGCGCAAGCACGUCGAGAAGCGCCACGAAGAGUGGUUUGCCGAGAUAAAGAGCGAGCUCUCACUCGUAAAUGCAUACGCUCUCGACCCAGCGCACAUUUCACCCACUCGCUCCGACGCAGCCAGUAACGGCCACUUCCCCUUCCCACCAGGCUACGUACCGGCCGGCACCCCGCGAGGAUUCAACUACAACACCAUGCCCUUCAUGUCCAACGCAACAUCCUUCAACGGCAUGCCCGUCCCCAACCCCGCAUCGGGCUCAAACCCCAUGCUCAACAUGCUCCCUCACGACAACCACAUGCAUCACCACCACCAGCACCACCCGGGCGUCAUCCGGCGCGGCGCAGGCCGCUACGCUCACUCCCAUCGCUCGGGCCCAUACGAUCGCCGAACAGCUCGGCACCCCAUGUCUGGUCCGCCAGGGGUAGGCCGCCUAUCACCUUCUCGUUCCAUGUUCGGGCGUGUAUCGAUGCCGAUUCCCACCGGCCACCCCGCUGCUGCGCUUAUGGGUGCUGGUGCAGCGGGCGGACGAUGGGAUGGAACAGCACAGCAGGCCAUGGGGCCGAAGGAGGCAGUUCAGGGAAGGAGUUUGAAGAGUUACGAGGAUCUUGAUGCUGUAGGGGGUGCGGGUGGAGGGGAACUCAACUACUAG